AAAAAGUUUCGUUCCAGUGAUAUUCAGUUUCAUUCUAUCUAAUGGCAAAAUUCAUAUUGGAAACGUUUUUUGUCGUUGCUUGCCUGGGUCUGCUGGUCGCAGUAGGAAACUGUAAUGUCUUAAGAUGUGAUCUUAUAGAUCCCCAUAGUCCAGAAAGCGAACUAUGCUGGAAGCAACUCCUCUAUAAAUCUCUCUCAUUGGAUAUUCCUCAACUAGUCCAGGAAACAGUUCCAGACAAUCCGGACGUCCCAUUACCAGUUCAUGCCAGAAACGCGGAACUUAGCAGCGCUCUUAUGCAACUCUAUGGAUUUAAUAAGCUGAAUGGCAAAAGGAACCCCACCGGCUUCUCCAGAGAUGUUAUGCGAUACAUUUCUGAGGUGGGACCAACCAAGGCAAACUAAACAGUUAUUUUAGCAUUGAUGGUGAUGAUGAUAAUAAUAAAGCAUUCGUAAGAAAA